UAUGGUGGCGGCCGUUGGCGCGGCGGCGCUUCCGGCGGGCGCGGGGGCCUGUGGGGGAUCGCCGCGCGCCACUUCUGCCCGGCGGUGCUGAAGGAGCCGAGCCGCCAUGUCUCACACAAUUCUACUUGUCCAGCCUACCAAGAGGCCAGAAGGCAGAACAUAUGCUGAUUAUGAAUCGGUGAAUGAGUGCAUGGAAGGAGUCUGUAAAAUGUAUGAAGAGCAUCUGAAGAGAAUGAAUCCCAACAGUCCAUCCAUUACAUAUGAUAUCAGCCAGUUGUUUGACUUCAUCGAUGACUUGGCAGACCUCAGCUGUCUUGUUUACCGUGCUGAUACUCAGACAUACCAACCAUACAACAAAGACUGGAUAAAGGAGAAGAUCUACGUCCUCCUCCGCAGGCAGGCCCAGCAAGCAAGCAAAUAAUGGGGGCACCAUCAUGGCAUGGGUUUGGGGAGGGUUUGGACAACAGGUGUGUACAGAGUGUAGUAGUGAACGUUUUGUAUUAUAGUCAUCCUGUUGCCAUCUUGAUAAACUCCUUAGCCAGGACUGAUUGUAUUUUUAGAGAUACAAGGAUUUUGUUGGAUUUUACUUUUUUUUCAGUGUAAAUGGAGAAGAAAGUACAACAUCUUCAGCAGAGUUUUGGGGUUUUUUUCCUCCUUUUGCUAAUGGUCCUACCUUAUUUGAACCCCUGGGGCUGUUCGCAUUGUACUUCACCACAUUUGCAGUAUGUGUCCCUCUGUGGGUUUUUCAACAUUCAGUUAUGUCCUUGAGAUGUCUUAAUGGGAAAUAAAAAACUACCCUUUAGCUAAA